UUGAAAGAUUUAUUUCUUUUUUCUGUCACAACAUUAAUAGUCAGGAAUGUGAGAUUUUUGUGUGGCAAUUUAUUGUACUUAAAAAAUGCAUUAAAUGAGUGGGACCUUCCUCUGUGAACCUCCAGAUCAAAUACAAAGACUUCAAGAUAAAAAGCCUGUUCAGUGGGUAAGGACUUUUUGGGCUUGGGUUCCUUGCUCAUUUGUGUUGGCUGCCUAUCUGCCGCUUUCCUGAGGGGUCUUAUCCCCAUCCCUCUCCAACUUUUCUAAUGAUUUCUGAGAUUCUGUUCAGAAAAAUGACAGACGGAAGCACCUAGCCAUUUUGAAGCUAAGUUUGGUCUGAGAAGAAGCCUUUCAAGGCUCAGUAUCUGAAUUAUUCCUGGUCCUGCUCACAGGCUAAGUGAAAACCACUUCGAUUGGCUUGGGGGGGAGGCCGACCCCACACAAGGGCGAUUGUUGAAAAAAAUGCCGCAACAAGCAUAUUUCAGGCAACAGCGCAUUGCUAAUUGUUUGCUUUGUGUAGUGUGCUGCUGCUUGUAUGAUCCGGUUUUUAUUGUCUCGGGCACCUCUUAGUUGUAUUUUAUCUCUGGCACAUCCCUAGUGAUUAACUAGGCAUGAGAGUCUUUCUAAAUUAGGACUGUUGUUUCAGGAAGGUUGGUCACAUUUGUUUCUUGAUUUGGGGAGAUGCAGCCCAUUAAUAAAAUAAAGAUAUCUCUUCUGCUUAGUCAAGAUCUCGGUGUCUCGGUGUAUUGACCACCAACCGAGGACACGGUCUUGGUCAGAGAAUGGGAGGAGGCGGGGACCAUGUACAUUUCAUUUAUUUUUUUCCCCUUUUUGUGAGAGAAAGGGCCAGUUAUUCUAAGGCACGGUCAGACCAAUUUCCUUUGUGCCUUUGCUGAGGUUCUGAGCUAUCCAGGUCAGGGGGCACAGUGACCUUGUGGCUCGUUUUUUGAUUUUUAAAAAGAACCCAGUGCUGCUCUGGGGAGCACGUGCUCUGAGAACAAAAGCAACACUUAACUGCAAUCUGUGUAGUCUAGAACGGCUAUUGCUCUUCCUCCCCUAUCAUCCGCAGAAGGCUUGGCAGAACAGAUGGAGUCUGCAUUUAAGCUGAGUGGCUUUGUUAGACCAAAGGCGAUCAAAUUCCUGAGCCUCACGCUUUCCCGCACAGGUCCCUGGUCACCGGCUCGGGAACCUGAGGAUGCUGGCAAGAACGCACACAGUGAGGGAAGGGCCACGCCCGCGACCGGUGGGCUGAGUGGAUUAGAAAUUACGAUGAUAUCACAAUAUGGGUGACACGCCGGUAUCGGUGUAGGGCGCCGGGGACAGGGGGCCCUGCAGGGGCGUAGAGUGGCAUUGUGCUGUCACAGGGGCUCGGGCGUCUUAGGCACCCAUGUGGGUGGGGCACUAGAUGGAGCAUUGCUCUGUUCGAGUGCUGCCCUUGGGGCGAGGCGGGCACGUGGCUCUACAAGGUGGAGUCCAGGCGGCCAAGGUUUGGAAAGGACUUUCCUUAUCCCAGUUGAUUGUGCAGAAUACACUGCCUGUCGCUUGUCUUCUGUUCACCAUGGCUUCUUCUGAUAUCCAGGUGAAAGAACUGGAGAAGCGUGCCUCAGGCCAGGCUUUUGAGCUGAUUCUCAGCCCUCGGUCAAAAGAAUCUGUUCCAGAAUUCCCCCUUUCGCCUCCAAAGAAGAAGGAUCUUUCCCUGGAGGAAAUUCAGAAGAAAUUAGAAGCUGCAGAAGAAAGACGCAAGUCCCAUGAAGCUGAGGUCUUGAAGCAGCUGGCUGAGAAACGAGAGCACGAGAAAGAAGUGCUUCAGAAGGCAAUAGAAGAGAACAACAACUUCAGUAAAAUGGCAGAAGAGAAACUGACCCACAAAAUGGAAGCUAAUAAAGAGAACCGAGAGGCACAAAUGGCUGCCAAACUGGAGCGUUUGCGAGAGAAGGAUAAGCACAUUGAAGAAGUGCGGAAGAACAAAGAAUCCAAAGACCCUGCUGACGAGACUGAAGCUGACUAAUUUGCUCUGAGAACUGACUUUCUCCCCAUCCCCUUCCUAAAUAUCCAAAGACUGUACUGGCCAGUGUCAUUUUAUUUUUUCCCUCCUGACAAAUAUUUUAGAAGCUAAUGUAGGACUGUAUAGGUAGAUCCAGAUCCAGACUGUAAGAUGUUGUUUUAGGGGCUAAAGGGGAGAAACUGAAAGUGUUUUACUCUUUUUCUAAAGUGUUGGUCUUUCUAAUGUAGCUAUUUUUCUUGUUGCAUCUUUUCUACUUCAGUACACUUGGUGUACUGGGUUAAUGGCUAGUACUGUAUUGGCUCUGUGAAAACAUAUUUGUGAAAAGAGUAUGUAGUGGCUUCUUUUGAACUGUUAGAUGCUGAAUAUCUGUUCACUUUUCAAAUCCCAAUUCUGUCCCAAUCUUACCAGAUGCUACUGGACUUGAAUGGUUAAUAAAACUGCACAGUGCUGUU